AUGGCGUCGGUCGUCGACGUCGACACUAGCGCGGCGGGCAGCAGCUCGAGCUCGGGCGGAGGCGACAACGCCUCCUCCUCCCGCAUCGACCUGCACGUGCCCUCCAACCUGCUCAUCGUGCCGGCUGCCGCCGCCGUCGUGGGCUUUGCGCUCGGCAUGCGCCGCGAGGGCGGCAAGGCGCGCCUGCGGUUCUUGGCGGAGAAUGCGCAUCGCCAGCCUACGACGGUGCAGGGAUGGUACUUCUACACCAAGACACGAAACUACCGCGUCUUCUUCGCGGGCCUGCGCGGCGGCUCGAAAUACGCCCUGGGCCUCGGUACCGCCGCGGCGCUGUUCGUCGCCGUCGACGAGGGCGUAGGGUACCUGCGCGAGCGGCUGCUCGACCCCGCCAUCACGCGCGAGGACGCGCGUACCCCGCCCAAUCCGAGGCGCGAGGGGUGGCGCAAGGGCCCGGUGCAUUGGGAGGAUGGGGCGAUUGCCGGGAGCACGUUGGCGGUGGUUACGGCGCUUGUUUACAAACUCCCCAACCCGCUCCUCCUCCGCGCCCUCAUCAUGGGCUUCACGCUCGGCGGCGUCACCUCGGCCCUGCAGAUCGGGCAGGACAAGAUCUCGGCGAUGAAGGACGAGGAGGACCGGCAAAAGGCUGCGGCCGAGGCAGCGGAGGCCGCGGCGGCAGCAGUACCAGCACCAGCGGCGGCCGCGCCCGUGGACUCGGAGACGGCAGCACCACCACCAACGCCGACUCUGGUCGACGCAGCAGAACCGGCCGAGCCCCCAGCUCCCGCCCCAGCACAAGGGGAGAGCAGCUCGUGGCUUGGACGCGUGGGAUCUUGGGCAGGACUCGGCAAGGCAUAG